GUGUCUGUCUCUGUGUGUCUGUCUGUCUCUGUGUGUGUCUAUGUGUCUGUCUCUGUGUGUGCCUGCGGAAUUGGCCGGAUAGAGUUCCCUCCCUGCUCUCCCCACUAUGAAGUUGCUCCGAGCUGCUUGCUCUCCCCUCCAGCUCCUGCUCCCUGCCCAAGCCGCUGCUCACACCCCCCGGCUCCGGGCUUGUUGCACUUUCAGUGUCACUGCCUACAUGCCCGAAGCGGCAGCUUUCCCCGGGGUCCGGGAUUACCCGGGGCUCCGCGAUUACUCGGUGCAACAGCCCGACAGUUUCUGGGGAGCCCUAGCCCAGGGCAGACUCUACUGGAUCAGCCCGUUCCACACGGUCAGCGACUGCGACCUGAGCCAGGGCACCAUCCGCUGGUUCCAGGGGGGACGCCUCAAUGUCUCAGUGAACUGCAUUGACCGCCAUGUCCACACCUCUCCAGACAAAGUGGCUUUAAUCUGGGAGAGAGAUGAGCCUGGUGCUCAAGUGAAGAUUACCUACAGGCAGCUCCUGGAGGUGACCUGUCGUCUGGCCAACACUCUGAAAAGGCAUGGUGUCCGCAAAGGAGAUCGGGUGGUCAUCUACCUACCAGCCUCACCAAUCGCAGUGGCAUCGAUGCUGGCCUGUGCCCGUAUUGGAGCCGUACACACUGUGGUGUUUGCGGGAUUCAGUGCAGAAGCUUUGGCUGAUAGGAUUCGAGAUGCACAGUGUGAGACCGUGAUCACUGCCAACCAGGCUCUGAGGGGUGGACGGGUCAUCAAUUUGAAGAAAACUGUGGAUCAAGCAGUGAAACAGUGUCCUUCAGUCAAGCGAGUGCUUAUCGCAACAAGAACAGAGAACAAGGUCCCAAUGUCAGAUAUUGACAUUCCCCUCGAGGAGGAAAUGAUGAAAGAAGAAGCAGCCUGUGAACCCGUUGCCAUGGAGAGUGAGGACAUGUUGUUCCUGUUGUACACGUCAGGGAGCACAGGGAAACCGAAGGGUGUGGUACACACACAGGCAGGUUUCCUGCUGUACGCGGCUCUCACACAUAGGUAUGUGUUUGAUUACCACGAUGGUGACGUGUUUGGCUGUGUUGCGGAUGUUGGUUGGAUCACUGGGCACAGCUACGUGGUGUAUGGACCUCUGUGCAAUGGAGGAACCACCGUGCUGUUUGAGAGUACUCCAGUCUACCCGAAUCCAGGUCGUUACUGGGAGAUGGUUGAAAGGUUAAAGGUCAACCAGUUCUAUGGAGCGCCCACUGCAAUUCGACUCCUGCUGAAGUAUGGAGAUACCUGGGUGAAGUCACAUGACCGGUCUUCUCUGAAAAUGCUGGGCACAGUUGGAGAGCCCAUCAACCCUGAGGCAUGGGACUGGUAUUAUAGAGUUGUUGGGGAUGGCAAAUGCCCAGUGGUGGAUACUUGGUGGCAGACAGAGACUGGCGGUAUCUGUAUCGCUCCUCGGCCUGCAGAUAGAGAUGCCAAGAUACUCCCAGCUAUGGCAAUGAGACCCUUCUUCGGAAUCGACCCAGUACUCAUGAAUGAGCAUGGUCAGAGAUUAACGGGGAACGCAAUCUCCGGAUCACUCUGCAUCGCACAGCCAUGGCCAGGGAUGGCUCGGACUAUCUACAAUGACCACAACCGAUUUGUGAACACCUAUUUUAAAGCCUACCCCAACCAUUUCUUCACUGGAGAUGGAGCAUACAGAUCUGAAGAGGGACAUUACCAGAUCACAGGAAGGUUGGAUGAUGUUAUCAACAUCAGUGGUCAUAGGCUGGGCACUGCUGAAAUUGAAGGUGCAGUGAACCAACACCAAGCUGUGGCCGAGUCUGCAGCCAUUGGAUGUGCCCACGAGAUCAAAGGGGAAGGGUCUUAUGUCUUCAUUGUUCUGAAGGAUGGGAUGGUCAUUGCUGAGGACGUCUUCGAUAAGGAACUCAAAGACAUUGUCUCCCAAAAGAUAGCCAAAUAUGCUGCUCCUGAUCAAAUCCAGAUUGUGCACAGACUUCCUAAAACCCGCUCAGGAAAGAUAAUGCGUCGAGUUCUGAGGAAGAUUGUGGAAAAUAAAAUCGAUGAGCUCGGUGACCUUACUACCCUGGAUGAUCACACAGCUGUGCAGGAAAUUAUCGACGGCCAUAAGCAGGUUCUGAAAAAAGAAGCUAAAUAUUAACUGGGAGACAUCAUGCCAGGGAUUUUAAAUACACACCGGUUUUAUUUUUAUAAGAUUAUAUUCAAUGCAACAUAUUACGACCAAAUGACCUAACUCCUGACAGCCCUUAUUGCGGAGAUGUGUAAUCUGGAAUGGAACUCUGUUUCUUUAUUAUAAUGCCCCUGUAAUUGAAUUACCCAGCAGUGCUCUCUCCAUCACAGUUCACAGGGCAACCACUCUGUGGCAGGAACUGUAGCUAUCCAACAACUCGAGGAGAGAGAGUGUGGAACAAACAAUGGCUGAUGCUUUGGGACUGUGAAUAGCCGAGGUUCACAUUUAACAUUGACAAUACACUGUGCCCAGGUAAGGAGCAGUACGAUGAUCCAGUCUGACCAUUCUGACAGUAUCUGCUAAGUAUUUCUGUCAAAACUGCAGAUAAAUUGCUUCAUCUCUGGAAAAUAUUGGGAGGAUCAGAAGGCCAGAUUUUUGAGGUGGUCCCUCUCGCCAACUCUUGUGGAUUUCAAGAGAAAGAAUGAGAGAGAGAAAAAGUGACUUCAGUGCUCCUCUACAGUCACAACAUGAUCCUUGCCAAAGCGUUAUUUAUUUUUCAAACCUGCUGGUUUGUUUUUGAAUACAAGAGCUGCAUGCUGUGAUUAAAACUCAGGUACUCAUCACUGACAGAAGGCAGAGAACAACUUCAACCUCAAUAAUUCAGGUUCUCUUCUUGGUUAGCUCGUUAUGUAGAAAAUACAAGACUGCGGAACUUUGAUUUUUAAAAGCAGAUCAUCAUUAAAUGUCCUAUGUAAUGAUUAGCACCAAUGGAAAUUUGCAAGCUGAAUGUUGCCAUGGUUGCCUCAGUGACCUCUGGACUUAUUAAACACACAACUCCUUGAAUAGUGGCCAACAUGAUUGAUCCAAUACACCAUUUUUACUGGAAAUAAAUCUCAAACCGAGCCUUGAAUAUAUGCAAACUGAGAAACAUGGUUCACUUAAACUGACUUUUCUUUUGGAUGUUUGUUCUCAGCUUCAUUGACAAAGCGUUCUCUGGAGCAAACUAUAGUAAUUGAGACUGGGGGAAUGGGGUCACUUGGAUGCUGCCUGAACUGCUGUGCUCUUCCAGCACCACUAAUCCAGAAUGGGGUCACUGUAGCCCAGGCAAGUACAAAUGUUACUGUUUCCAGCAGCUGAUUAUACAUGGUGCCUCUGGGAUUUGUUGUUAAUGUAGGGUCAUGCUUGGACUUUCCUUUCCAAUGUGCUCUCACCUCGGUUGGACUGUUGCAGACUGGGGUAGCUGCUCCCAUCUCCCUUGAAUGGGAGUGUAUUAAAUGUGAGCUUCACAAGGAGUCAAGGGGCAGGGGAAAAGGUGACUCAGGCAAGUGGGGUUUAAACUAUAAUUGGAUGAACCAUGAUCUUAAUGUAUGGCAGAAUGAGCUUGAAGGGCCAAAUGGCCUACUUUUACUUCCAAAUCCUAUGUUCCUUUUCUUCCCCCCACCCCCCCAGGAUUUUCCUACAUCUGAAAUCAACUUAACCAGGAUUCCCUUGCUUUGAAUUAAUUGUCUUUUUUAAAAGUGAAUCUUUUGUAAAUGCAUAAAAAAAUUUCAAAGAUAUGCAGAACAAGGCUAAUAUGUGUGUAUUUUUUUUAAUUAUUUAAAGCUUAUAACAUGAUUAGGAGAUUCAGUAUCAGGCACAGUGACAGACAGAAGAUGUCAUUAUAUACUCUUUAACACUGUUGUCAAAACUGGAAUGCUGGCAACCUCUACUUUCUUCAUCUCAUAUCUUCCUAUCCAAUCUCUUCCUCUGAAGACAGAGACUCAAAAAGGUUCACCCUUGGUUAUCACUGACUAGCAAUGAGUCUGGACUGUGAAUGUCAACAGAUAUUCAUAAAUCAUUCUUCAUUGGAGAAAGAGUAGUGCAUUUUACACCACUGGUCACUGGAGAGGGUCAGGAGAUUUAAUAAUCGCUGGACAGGAAAACCUGGCUAGAUGCUGUGUCCAAUUGCAGGCUCAGCCUGAGCUGAGGUUAGGCUACCUUUGCAAAGUUCCAAGCUCGUAAUGAGGUCGUGCUCUUCUGCAUUGGUGAUCACACUAGCCACUGAGGCAGUGGCUAACUCACAAACAGCAGGUCUGAAUGUCUGCUCCUCCUACCUACUGCCUCCCAGUUGUUUGUAACACAUAUCACCAUCAUAUGUUAGA